AUGGGUGACCUCAAACAGUUGGUCGGCCUGUCUCCGUUGUUGCUGUUCACCCUGGGUUUGUUGAAAUGCAUCUUCGACGAGACCACCACCCAACGCCCAUCCGGCCUGCAGAUCAUCGACCUGCAUUCCGGUAUCUUUGGCAUUUUUGGCCGAUUGCGACCGCGACCUCCUACUGCGGCCCGCUUGCUCUACAGUCUGAUCAGUGGCUUUGGCCAUAACCCGCAGUUCACCCUUAUUAAUGGGGACAGCACCAUCCAUAUCGUGAUGGUGAUCGUCGAGGAGGUUCUGGUCGUGUGCUUGUAUACAGUGCUCAGGUUGAUGACACCUCGGUCUAGCGUGCUACCACAGAUGGUGGGUGGCGGAGUGCUGCCGGAGAGGUUGUCUUCUCUUUCCCACGAGGCGAGGGAAGAUGGCGGCCAGCAACAACAGCCACUGAAGCCGUAGCAGCAGCGACAGCAACAAGAACGACAACAAAGACGCUAAGGUUGCAUCCGAGUUGCCGUGGAUCGAGACAACCGGAGAUUAUGACUCGAUCGGGGAGUCCGUUUCAUUGAGCCAUUUGGCCCUAUGAAGUCCAGGGGUAGAGACUGUGCAUUCGGUUGGACUGCUGAGGUGUCGAUGUUUUAG